CUGGGUGGCACUAGGAAACUGAGGGAGAGAGAGAGAGAGAGAGAGAGAGAGAGAGAGAGAGAGAGAGAGAGAGAGAGAGAGAGAGAGAGAGAGAGAGAGAGAGAGAGAGAGAGAGCUGACCGGUGCACAUCUCUGUGCACUCUCACUUAAGACUUCCAAACCAGAGCUCUCCUUACCACAUGCUGUUCACACACUGACCAACCAGCACAUCGCUGCGGACACAGUGGAGAGACACAGACACUGACACUGUUAGAUAGUACAGCACCAUUCUCAACACUAGACUUGUUUGGACACAACCACAUGGGUGAAGCUUCUUGAUCUUGAUUGAGUGGAUUUAUUAUUUUUGAACAAGUCUGAAACUCUGGGUCACCCAAGUCAUCGCUUGGAUCUCUACAUUACAUCUGGACGAUUUCAUUUUUUACUUUUUCGUCAGCAUCAAACGGGGAAAUGUUUGCCUUUGGGAAUUCGGUGUGGGCUGCACCCAUCAUUUCUUUAUUGCUGUUAUAUGCCUCAGCAGUUGUGGUGGAGGGUUCCUGCCCAGCGCAGUGCUCGUGCCCUCCCGUGCCCCCCUCCUGCCCGCUGGGCGUGAGCUGGGUGACGGACGGCUGCGGCUGCUGCCGCGUGUGUGCGCGGCAGUUCAACCAGGACUGUGGCCCCGAGCUGCCCUGCGACCACAUCAAGGGACUGCACUGCCACCUGGGGGUGGGGGGUGACCCGGAACGUGGCCUCUGCAGAGCUCAGGCGCAGGGUCGUCCGUGCGAGUUCGCCGGCCGCGUCUACCAGCACGGCGAGGACUUCCAGCCCAGCUGCCAACACCAGUGCAGCUGCAUGGACGGGGUGGUGGGCUGCAUGCCCCUGUGCCCGCACCACGUCCCCUUGCCCGACUGGCGCUGCCAGAGCCCCCGUCUGGCCAGCCUGCCCGGACGCUGCUGCCAGGAGUGGGUGUGUGACGACAGCAACUACAUCAGCGAGGAGCCGCGAGAUGACCAGCUGCCGCAGCCGCACCACCAGCAGCAGCACCAGCAGCAGCAGCAGGAACGGGCCGCCGGGAACACACAAGAGUCCUCCUUCCCCACAAACCACAUCAGCACGCACCUCCUCCCUCCCACACACCACCACCAGCAGCAGCAGCAGCAGCAGCAGCAGCGCUACGGCUCUGCCGGCAUGUCUUCAUUCCAAGAGGUGCUGUCUCUCCCCGUGACCCGUGUGAUCGUCCCCGAAAUGACCUCCACCUGUAACCCUCAAUCCACUGGGUGGUCAGAAUGCUCAGCCACAUGUGGCUUUGGCGUCUCCAGCCGAAUCACCAAUGAGAACCCAGAGUGCCGCUUGGUCAAGGAGACGAGGCUCUGCCAGAUUCGGGAGUGUGGUGUUACCGCUGCCAUCAAGAAAGGGAAGACGUGUCGUCGCAGCUCUCGUCCCCGUGAGGCGGUGAACAUUACGGUGGCUGGGUGCACUACGUCACGGCAGUACAGGCCGCGCUCCUGUGGCUCCUGCUCUGACGGACGCUGCUGCUGGCCCUCGCAGACCCGCACGGUGAGCCUGCGCUUCCACUGCCCCGAGGGGGAUACCGUCAGCCGAGACGUCAUGUGGAUCCAGCGCUGCCGAUGCGGCCGGAGCUGCCCGGUCUACUCCUCCGCAGAGCAGCAACCCUCCGUCAGUCUGCACAAUGACAUCCACGUCUUCCAGGGAUCACCGUGGAUGGACUAGCACCAGCUACUUGUAAUUGGGGACCACUGUCACCCACCGUCCCACCUCCCAUCUCCUCGCCCCCAUACAGCCCUACACAUAUAACCCCUCCCCCGAUACCAAAAUCCAGUACUGGAUGGGUUCAAGGGCAAACGUGGAUAACUCGGGUUCAGAAAGUAAAAUGAUCCACCUUAGUUUCAGCCAAUUCCCUGAACCAGUUGAUUCGGAUCAGACGUGUAUUUAGACGACCUAAUAAUCAAUAUCACCUACGUUGACAUCACAAUCUAGGAUGUUUAUGGCAGAAGUUCUGUUUCUUUCUCUUGUUUUGUCCACCUCUGGCUCGGGAGCUAGAGCUCUGUAUCUCCCUUACCCUGACCAACAAAGUGUCUCCAUCAACGCCAACUCCAUGAGACCAACCGCUCAGGAUAGCGUAUAGCAUCUUGUGUGGUCAUCUUCUUCUGCACAGACUAUACCAGAGCGCUUGUCUUCGUCUAGUGUCAAGCUCUCCCAUCCCCUUCUCUUUCUCUCCCUGUCAAACCCCCCCCCCCCCCCCAAAAAAAAAAGAAAAGAUGUUUAGAUGAUUGCUUGCACUUUAUGCUUCCUACCAUUUGGGAAGGGUCUUCCCUCCCUCGCCUUUUGUGGAAUGUUCGCAAUAUGGAGUCAUACCAUCUGUAGCUGGACUCUGCACUCACACACACACUCACACGUACCCAAACACACACACACACAC